AUGGCCCCUGGGUCCAGGCCCUUCACUGCUAUUCUUGGUCUCUGUCACCAAGGCAUUGCCUCCGAAAGGUUAAAAAGGCCAUCAGAGCCUGAGGCCGCGACUGUCGGGUUUUCUCCACGGAUCCUGCCCGCCCUUCCCUUCCCCCCGGGCGGCGCGGCGGUGUUGUUGUGGCGGGGGCGGGCGGCCGGCUGCUGCGGAGCCCGCGGAGCCCUAGCGCCUGGACCUGCGCGCAGCUCGGCGGGCCCAACCGACCGGCCGACCGCCGCAGGUCCUUUUGGAAUAAAUCAUGGGAUUGAGCUUCAUUCAGAUGUGGUGGAAUAUGCCAAGGAAAAACUGGAGAGCUUCAUCAAAAAUAGUGAUAGCUUUGAUAAAUUUGAGUUCUGUGAACCUGCAUUUGUGGUUGGUAAUUGCCUCCAAAUAGCAUCUGACAGCCAUCAGUAUGAUCGAAUUUAUUGUGGAGCCGGAGUCCAGAAAGACCAUGAAAACUACAUGAAAAUAUUAUUAAAAGUUGGAGGCAUUCUAGUCAUGCCUAUAGAGGAUCAGUUAACACAAAUUAUGCGAACUGGACAAAACACUUGGGAAAGUAAAAAUAUCCUUGCUGUUUCAUUUGCUCCACUUGUUCAGCCAAGUAAGAGUGAUAAUGGCAGACCCGAUUCAGUGGGACUCCCCCCAUGUGCUGUCAGGAAUCUACAGGACUUGGCUCGUAUUUACAUUCGACGCACACUUAGAAACUUCAUAAAUGAUGAAAUGCAGGCCAAGGGGAUUCCUCAAAGAGUGCCACCAAAAAGGAAACGGAAGAGAGUUAAACAAAGAAUUAACACUUAUGUGUUUGUGGGUAAUCAGCUUAUUCCUCAGCCUCUAGACAGUGAGGAGGAUGAAAAAAUGGAAGAAGAUAACAAAGAAGAGGAAGAGAAAGAUCACAGUGAAGCCAUGAAGCCAGAGCAGCCUCCUCAAAAUUUACUGAGGGAAAAAAUCAUGAAGCUGCCCCUCCCUGAAUCUUUAAAAGCUUACUUGACAUAUUUUAGAGAAAAAUAACUUAGAUCGAGAAGAAAGAAUGCCUACUGAUAAUUCCUUCAGUCUUGAAAAUGUAGCAUUUGUUAGGAGUUAAAAGAGAAAAUUAUUACUUUCAGAGAGAAUUGUAGUGGAAAAAGUAUAACAUGUUUCUGUCUUAGUAAUAAAAAAUAAUGUAUUCAGUGAUUAAAAAGAAUCCCUUUUAUAAAAUCUAUUUUUCUUUAAAUCUCGGAAAAAUGCUGUUUUGACUCUGAGUGAUUUCAAAGUGGAAUGCAGCAAUGAUCAAGACUUUAUGUACUGUAAAUCCUUUUCUGAUUCCUAAUAGAUUUGUAGUGGUGAGGGUUAAAUUUAAUUUUAUAUAAGGUUAAAUAAUGGUUAAGCAUAUAUAAUCUGAUUGGAAUUGCAGUUGUUUAAAUUUCUGCUAGGAAAACUUUCUUAUCUAAUAAGGAAAUCAAAUGCUUUGUAAACCUAUUUACCUUACUUUUGUUGCAAUCACAUUGCUGAGUUGCUGUAGAUGUAUUCCGGGCAAUAUAUGAGUGCAAUAACAAUAAAGAUAUUGAAUAAUUUAGCUUUAAAGAAGACAAAAAGUUUCAUGGAAUUCAACAGCCCUGCUGCUUUGCUUUUGAAUCCAUUGCCAAAAUAUAUGAGGAAAAUAAGUGCUUCUCUCACGGAGAUCUUAAGAGCACAUCAAGUGACUGUUAAAGUCUAUACUUAAUACAACUCUUAAUUUCUAUGAAUCCUUUACAUUUUCAGUAUUUAUAAAUAAUGAGGUUAUCUUACUCUCUGGAGUUUUAAAAGAUGAUAUAUUUAGGAUCAUUUUUUUCUAUAGUCCACUGUAUAAAGUACUUAGUUUUUAAAAGUCCACUAUUCUGCGUUCCUUUUUUAAUAGCCCAGACCAUGAACGAAUAAGCAUGAGUGACCGUCCCCUCUUGGACAGCUCUUAGUAGCAGGGCCAGAGCAGAUUUGUUCAGUAGAUGCACUUUAGCAAAUGGAGCUUCCUUCAUCUGAAUAUUCAUGUUUGACAAGGUAGGGCUGAGCUAGCUGACAUUUGCUUUGGAAUUCAUCUUUUUAAUAUAAGAAAUAUUCAUAGAAAUUGUAUGUAGAUGCCUUUCGUGUUGAAGAUCCUGUUGAGAAUCAUAGUAUAAUCUUUGGGACCUGUGUUGUGCUCAUUUAACUUCUUCCCAUCUUAUCCUUAGUUUCUUUAGGUAAACUUAUAAUGGUUUUGAUUUUUUGCUUAAUAUCACAUGCAUAAACUAUCCAUUGUUUGAAUUUUAGUUGUAGCUUAUCCAUAAUAAAACAGGUCAUAAAUGCUGUUUUCAGUUUGUUUUGUUUAUUUUCCCGGUAGGCUCUGAAAAGUCAUUCCUUGUCUAGAAAGUGUACAUUGUAACAUAUUUACCACUUAAUGUUACAUGGAUUGCAUGUUUUUUAAAAGAAAAACUUGAGAGUAUCACUUACUACACCAGCAUCACUAUUGUAAUAGUAAAUCAGAUUUGCUUAAGGAAUUUCAGUCAAUCAGUAGUGAAAGGAUUAUUAUAUCUUUGCAAAGACUGAAAUAGUGGUAAUACAUAGAUGGUUUCAAAAAUCUCAGCUCUGAUAAUUCUACACAUCUGAAAACAAGUAUUAGAAGUAUUCCAAGCAUUACUUAUCCCAAGUAAAUGAGCAUAUUUUAGUAAUGUGAAAGAUAAUUUCAUGGAAGAUACUUGUUUUGUAUGAAUGACUGGGGUGGGGGGUAGGGGGAUCUCCACAUUUUUUUAGGUGAUUACUAAGGUGUUACUGUUAAGAAAUAUCCCAUCUCAUUUCUAUCAAGAAAAGGAAAUGUAAUGUAGUUUCAUCCAGUUAUCAUGUUAGAAAUGUUCAUUUUAUUUUGCUUUAAAUGUGUGUUUAAAAGUUUAAUCCUGAAUUCCUGGUGCCCACAUAUUUUUAUCUAGAAAACCUUGAGAGAGUAUCAUCUUAUUGUCCCCCAACUCCCACCAUUUUGUUGCAACUGGAGUCCAGACAUGUAAAGAUGUAUAUUCUUAAAUGAGGAUUUUACUAUUUAGGAGAGAGUUUUUGUUAAGGAUAUAUUUGAAGAUUGACUUUUUUUGUAUUGUCUUUCAUUCUUUUGACUUUGGCAAAAUGUACAGUAGAUAUUCAUGAUCAUUGCAUAUUUUUGUCAUUACAAUGUAUCUUCUGUGUUUUUAAAUGCAUUUGUUUUACAGUUGUGAGUUUAUUAUGAACUUCAAAUAAAGAGGUAGAAGUGAAAAAUGGAAGUUCAUGUGAAAUAUCUAUUAAUGGUGAUAUUUUAGAAUAACUAAAAGUAAUUUGGGUUUGUGUUUACUAUUUAAUGAGUCCAUGUUUACUUGAGCAUGGAAAAUUAUGCAUUAUAAAUGGAGUAGUAAAUGAAGAUGGAAUAAAUUUAAGUGAAGAUGUUGGGGAAUAAAGUCAUGAAAUUUUACAGCCAGAUAGAACAAUGGAAAUCAUCUCACCUAGAUCUUUAUUUUGCAGAUGAGAAAGUGGAUAUAGAGGGGUGGCAUGAUUUCCCCAAAUCAUGAAGCUAUUUGGGGACAGGGCCUGAAAUGGUAUCCAGCAUCAGCUAAAUCCCAAGUCUCUGUCACAGGCACCAUAGCUAUGAGGAAGAUGAAUUAAAUCUAUGCUGAUUAUUGGUGGAUAUGUUUGGUUCUAGUGUUAAUAAAGACAAAUGUUAUCAAAAUAGCAUAUGUGGGGGCUAAAAUAAAAAUGUUUGUGUUGAUUUCUAGCUGUUUGAGAUAAUAAAAGUGAAGCUAAACCUGUUAAAUUAUGGGAAGACUUGGAAAAUUAUCUUAAAUAAACAGCUGCAUAUAAUUAA